CGCGCCCGCCGCUAGGACCCCCCCCGGGGCCGGCCAGCGCGUGCUGGGGACUCUAGUCCUUAUGGCCGGGGGGUCUGGGGCCUUUGGGCGGGGUCCCAUGGAAAGCGUCGGUCUGGACUGCUAUGGAGGGGGAGACGCGACACGGGGAGCCCAGGGGUGGGCUGCUCCCGAGGCAAGGGUGCACUUCCGUGUAACGAGGUUCAUCAUGGAGGCAGGUGUCAAGCUAGGGAUGCAGUCCAUUCCUGUCGCCACCGCCUGUGCCAUUUACCAUAAGUUCUUCUGCGAGAUCAACCUGGAUGCCUAUGACCCCUACUUAAUCGCCAUGUCUUCCCUUUACUUGGCUGGCAAAGUGGAAGAGCAGCACCUGCGUACUCGUGACAUCAUCAAUGUGUCCAACAGGUACUUCCACCCAGGCAGUGAGCCCUUGGAGUUGGACUCCCGGUUCUGGGUGCUUCGGGACAGCAUCGUACAGUGUGAGCUCCUUGUGCUGAGGGUGCUGCGUUUCCAAGUCUCCUUUCAGCACCCGCACAAGUACCUGCUCCACUACCUGAUUUCCCUCAAGAACUGGCUGAAUCGUUACAGCUGGCAGCGGACCCCCAUCUCCGUCACGGCCUGGGCCCUGCUGCGGGACAGCUACCACGGCGGGCUGUGCCUUCGGUUCCGGGCUCAGCACAUAGCUGUGGCAGUGCUCCAUCUGGCCCUGCAGGUGUAUGGGGUUGAGGUGCCCGCCGAGGCGGAGGCUGAGAAGCCGUGGUGGCAGGUGUUCAGUGACGACCUCACCAAGCCAACCAUUGAUAACAUUGUGUGCGAUCUCAUUCAGAUUUACACCAUGGACACGGAGAUCCCCUAAGGUCCAGGUGCAGGCCUGCCCAAAGAGAGGCCUGAGGUGCUCAGUUGCCAGGGGACGGUGCCACCACAUUGCCAUCAUGGCCAGUGCCCAGAGGACUGGCUGGGAGAACUGGUUUCCUGCUGCCGGAGAUGGGCUGGUGAAGGCAAUGGCAUGUUGCCAUGUUGAGCCUAAUGCCAUGACUGUCCCCGGCAGCCAUGGUCCUGACAGUGACAGGAGCUGUACCCCUAGCAGGCAGGCGUGUGCUGUGUGGGGCGGCUCCGAGGCACCCCUGUCUGCCUUUGUCCUUGGAGAGGACACAGACUGCCGUCGAGAUUUGGAAUCAUUGGAAGGAACAUCAAAGAACAGAUGGCACAGUACUUUGGGGGAUAUUUUUUAAAGGCCAGAUUUAUAGAAGGUAUAAAUAGAUGAAGUUUUAUUUUGUUUAAUAAAAGAUGAUGCAAAUGAA